AUGAACGAACCGUCAGAGAUGGAAAAGCAAGCCGAAAGCAAAGAGCCGUUAUGUCGCCGAACAACGUUCUUCGUAAACGUUGACUGGCGCAUGGGCGCUACCCUCGCCACGGCCACAAACAUUGUCGGUCAGAUGUACGUUGAGUGCCUGGAGCCUGUUGACAGGCUGUACCCAUAUCCGAUUGUCCUUAUCCACGGGGAUUUCCACACUGGUCAGACGACCAAGCCAGAUGGACAACCCGGUUGGGCCUCGUUUUUCCUCAGAAAAGGAUUUCAAGUGUUGAUUGUCGACUUGCCUCCCUCGGGCCGCUCCAACUUCCUGACGACCUCUCAUUAUCUUCACAGAGAUGUGGGAGUCACUUCGAGUUCAUUGAAAGCACAGGCAGUGGAAACCACACUUACUGCACCCGGUAAACGGAGAGCGCCCCAUAUACCUCUUCAGUACGAAAAGGCAACCCUCCACAACAGAUGGCCAGGUACUGGACAACGUGGAGAUCCCAUCUUUGCCAAGUAUUGCGCUUCUCUAGUCACGCUACAUCUGAACAAAGUCGAACGACAGUCACUAGCCCAGAAUGCUCUGCAGGCCCUUCUACGCCAUGUCGGGAAGUCAAUUCUUAUUGGAGAAGGGUCCGGAGGAAACAUGACUUGGCUAGCAGCCGACGUUGAGCCCGAUCUUGUCGCAGGAGUCAUGGCUGUCGAGCCUGUGGGACCUCCCUUUGGGACAGCAUGCCCGAAGGGAGCAAAUCCGUAUCGCGAGUACAGUCCCUUUAUUGAAAGACAGGAGGGAAUCAGAAUUUAUGGGCUGGCUGAUAUACCCAUCACAUAUGAUCCCCCCACUCACCCUCAUGAAGGCUUCGACCCUCCCGCGAAGGACCCUCUAGACUUGAUCAAAGUCGUAGCACCCGAUGGAAAGAGCGAAUGCUAUAUGCAACGCAGUGCUGACGGCAAAGCGAACGACAAAGUCCGGCAGCUUAUCAAUCUCAAGAAGGUUCCCAAUUUUGUUCUUACCGCGCACGCCAGCUCGCAUGCUAUGUACGACUGGGCAACAGUGGCAUUCUUGAUGCAAGCUGGUGUUACGCCCGAAUGGGCUAGGCUUGGGGAGAUGGGUAUCGAAGGCAACGGACAUCUGAUGUUCCUCGAGACUAACAGCGAUGAGAUUGCUCAAGUGUUGCUUGGUUGGAUUCAGAGGAAAGUACUUCCGAAGUCCUUUUCAGAGACGAUGGACAAAGUCACUGUGCCGGAGCAAGACAGCGUUGCUGAGAUGAUUGAACAAUCGCAGAAGAAACACUCGCCUCCUAUUGUGGCCUGCAAUUUGCAACCUGCAUCCGCACCAGAGAAGUGUACAAACACUCAGCUGAUGGAUAACAAACCGAGUGAAGCACCUGCUCUAGCAACACCUCAACUCCUGAGCCCUGAAGUAACGGAAAGCCGUCCGAUCGAAGGACCGCACAAACGAGCUCGAUUGGACAUCCCCACUACGGCAUCUGCCCAGCCCUCCACCCCUUCAACGAUACACCUGCCGAUCCAGAAGCCCCUCGAGAAGCAACAGCAGCGUAUGCAACAAACUUCCACGACUCCUCGUCAGCAACAUAUGGCUUCGCCUAUGGGCCACAAUAUACCUGGCCUGUCUUUGAUAGGAUCUGAUCAUCCAACAGGAGGACCCUCUCGACUGCUACAACAGGCAAAUAGAAGUAUACGAUCUCCUUUAGUAAGCCCUUCAUUCGGGCUUACAGGCUUUGGGCAAGCUUACGACCCUUUCCGUGACCGUCCAAACGAUCAGACAGAUGAGCUACCCUUUUUACAUCGGCUCAGUUCAGCGCACAGAGAAAACCAGCGUAGUCACGCUCACAACAGCACCCACACUACAGCUCGGUUCGAGCGUUCGAUCGGAACCGCUGAGGAGAGCAUCGCUGCAAUGAACAUGAGCCAUCCAAGUCGUUCUACGUCUAGCUUGGAAUACACACCUUCCAUGACGAGCCAAGCCCACCGCCCGAUCAUGUCGCCUUCGCUGCAACAGAUCCCGUAUCUUGGGCAACUAGGACAUACCCCUCCAGUGAAUUUCACGGGAGAGUUCAAGCCAAUCUCGACUUCAACUCCAAUCGAGAGACCGACGAGUAUGAUGGGCAAUGCCCUACCUUUCACACCCCUGGAGUCACUCGCAGGUUUUGAUAGCCGGGGACAAAAUCAAUUUGGUGGAUUGCCGCAGAUGACGCCUCCCAGCCCAUCUCCUGCGCCGAGACAAUCUUUGAAUCCUCUCAGUUAUAAUCUCGAUACGGAUUUGCCUGUACUGUCGCAGUCGCAACAGAAAUCAAGCCCCAAGUGA